CCACCGCCGCCGCCCCCGCUCCGGGAGCCACCAGGACCCUCGCGUCGCUGCCAGCGCUGGCCAGAUCCCCGCACCAUGCGGUCAGAGAAGACCUUCAGGCGGCGCCGCACCUUCCAACGAAGUGUAGGAGAUGUCCGACUUAUUCUAGCGCAGCAUCCAACCAAAAUCCCAGUGAUAAUAGAACGAUACAAGGGUGAGAAGCAGCUUCCUGUCCUGAAUAAAACGAGGUUCCUUGUACCUGACCACGUCAACAUGAGUGAGCACAUCAAGAUAAUUACAAAGCGCUCACAUCUCAAUGAUACUCAAGCCUUCUUCCUGUUGGUGAACGGACACAGCAUGGUGAGCAUCUCCACACCAAUCUCAGAGGCGUAUGACAGUGAGAAGUAUGAAGAUGGAUUCCUGUAUAUGGUCUAUGCCUCUCCCAGGAGACAUUUGGGAUGAAACUGUUGGUGUAAAACUAGAAAAAUGCAUC